GCCUGCGCGCUCGGUGGUGCGGUGUUUGAUUGGGAGCGCUGGCUGAGCAGCGGACGCCGGAAGUGGGCGCACGGGCCGAGGCGAUGGUGGCGUCCAGCUGAGGGGCGGUGGAGCGAUGGACCUACUGCCGGCCAACCCGCACGGCAACGGCCUGCUGUACGCCGGCUUCAACCAGGACCACGGUUGUUUUGCAUGUGGAAUGGAAAAUGGAUUCCGAGUUUAUAACACUGAUCCGUUAAAGGAGAAGGAAAAACAAGGUGAGGCGUAUCGCUCGUCAGAAUUUAUGGAAGGAGGAGUUGGUCAUGUCGAAAUGCUUUUUCGAUGUAAUUAUUUAGCUUUGGUUGGAGGUGGUAAGAAGCCCAAGUAUCCUCCCAAUAAAGUGAUGAUAUGGGAUGAUUUGAAGAAGAAAACGGUUAUUGAAAUUGAAUUUUCUACAGAGGUCAAAGCUGUUAAACUACGGAGAGACAGGAUUGUAGUGGUUCUGGAUUCCAUGAUUAAGGUCUUCACAUUCACUCACAAUCCUCAUCAACUACAUGUCUUUGAAACUUGCUACAAUCCAAAAGGGUUAUGUGUCCUUUGUCCAAAUAGCAACAAUUCUCUUCUAGCAUUUCCAGGAACCCACACUGGGCAUGUGCAAAUUGUGGAUUUAGCUAGUACUGAAAAGCCUCCAGUUGACAUACCAGCACAUGAAGGAGCUUUGAGCUGCAUUGCUUUAAAUCUUCAGGGAACACGCAUUGCCACCGCUUCAGAAAAGGGAACCCUGGUUCGAGUUUUUGACACUACAACAGGACAGCUCAUCCAAGAGUUGAGAAGGGGGUCACAAGCAGCAAACAUUUACUGCAUUAAUUUUAAUCAAGAUGCUUCUUUAAUCUGUGUAUCAAGUGAUCACGGGACUGUUCAUAUUUUUGCUGCGGAGGAUCCCAAAAGAAAUAAACAAUCUAGUUUGGCAUCAGCAAGUUUCCUUCCAAAAUACUUCAGUUCUAAGUGGAGCUUUUCCAAGUUUCAGGUUCCUUCUGGGUCACCUUGUAUCUGUGCCUUCGGUGCUGAGACAAAUGCUGUUGUAGCAAUUUGUGCUGAUGGCAGCUAUUACAAAUUUUUAUUCAACACCAAAGGUGAAUGCACCCGGGAUGUGUAUGCGCAGUUCCUGGAAAUGACUGAUGAUAAGAUAUGAUGUAAAGGAUAUAAUUACAAAAAUUAAAAAAACAGAUGAGUUGCUGUUUUAGCUGUCUCAAAAUGAGAGUUAAGUGACUAAACAUUGGUUAAACUGAGGAAAAUUAGCCUCUGGAUGGACCACUGGACAAACAGCAUACCGAUGCUUCCAUAUUAAUUCUGCCAUUUUCCUGUUCUAUAAUCUUUCUGGGUUGAAAGAAAAUCCUCUAGUGUCAAUAGAAACUAAAUUUGGUGACCAGCGGCAGUUACCAGUUCUUCAGACUUUUAUAUUAAAAUGCAGAACUAAUUGUGCCUGCUUAAACCCUUUUAUCUGGAUGUUUACAGUAUGACAUUUGAAAGCAGGUUCCACACUGUAUGCGGUUUCUGCUAAUUUUUCUUGUCUGAUGUGUUUGUGUUCUUGAUAAACAAUUUCCUGAAAGUUUAAGUGUCAUUUUUCAUUCUAAUGAAUGUAGUCAUUGAGUGUGAAAUGGUUAAAUUGAACAUGCACAACAUUAAACAGCUGAACUGUUGACUUGAUGAGGUACUGGAAUAGAUUUAUAUGGUAUUACAUCCAUGAAGUUAAACUGCUGUUUACUUUGAACUGGAUGCCCAAUUUUGUUACAUGACCACAGAAGACAUUCAGUUGUAAAACCUUAAUGCAAACUCAACUUUUCUGAUUAACUUUGAAAGUGUUUGGUUAAUGGAAAUGUCUUUUGUCUGGAUGUAAUGGGGAUUGAAAUAAGCUUCACUGAUCCAUCUGUUUCUAUCCACCAAUCUGGCAUCUAGGUAGAAAGCAUUCUAUACACUAAAAUAUGAAAAACAAUCAGAUUUUGCUGUGUAAUAUGGAGUUGUUAAAGAUGGUUCAUAUUAUUCCCCCCCCCCCAAAAUUGUCAUCUUCCUCUCCCCCCCACCAAUUGACAGCUUUCAUUUGAUUGCUGUAAUUGUGAAAUCACAAAAUUCACUUAAAUGUAAUUUUAUAUCUGGUUUGGGUUUAAAAACUAACCAGGUUAAAUUUGUGCAAUUUGUCUUAACCAGAUAUGAUUUUUGAAAGAAAGUUGGCUCUUUGAAGGCAAGAAGCACUGGGGAUGAGUUCUCCAUAGAAACUGUCAGAACAGACUUAAAUGAAACUUUCAAAUCUGCUAGUAAACCAGACUGAUACAUACUUACUAAGGAUAUAUUACAGUGAUGGUUUAUUUUUAGAAAUCUGUAAUGAUUUAAUGGACACGACAAAUGUAACUGACAUACCGUUAAAGCAAUGUUACACUACUGCAACUUAUUUUAAAAUGACAUGCAGCAUUAUACCUCAGUUUAAAAUUGCAAUAGGACAACUGCAUGUAGACAUUUUGAAAAAUUCACCUUGCUUCCCAUAAACAAGGAAGAUUAAUUUGAAAUUCUAUUGAGCUAGUAAGUUGUCAAUAUAUGGUUAGCAGCUUUCACUCUAGCUUUUAUAAGGCCACUCUUUCUCUGAUAUUGUACAGCUAAUGAAUGGGACUUGCAUAAUGAGUUCUUGAGGAUAACUUUAAUAAUGCACAUAUCUUUAAUACUAACCAGUGUUUUAUAAGCACCUUUCAAAUCUGAAGUUAUAAAUUAAAAUCAAGUAAAAUGUAUAUAGGUCUGUGUGCAUGUAAAAUUCUUAAAUGAAAACUCUUACAUCCACUUUUUACUAAAAAUGUUUAUUAAAUUUUUCAUGUAUUAAUGUUUCAUCAUUUAUGUAUAAUUUGCUAUUUCACUGCCUUAAUAAAAGGUCAUUGUCACCUUCAA